UCGAAGUAUACUUCUGGUAGGUCAUAUUUGCUACUCUCUGUACGUUGAGUAAGUUUCUUAUAUCAAGGGAUCGCUAGGUUUACCAAAGUAUGACCUUCCACGCUCACAAGGAACUUGAUUCAUGUAGGAUUCAAUUUUUAAAACAAAAUUCAAUCAUUCAGUAAGAACGUUAAAUCCAACCAGAGAUAAUAACUAUUUUUUACUUAAAGUGUCAAUAUCAUGUAAAAAAUCAGUUCGUAAUAUCCUCUAUAACCAGUCAAAUAGAAGUUUGUUCCAGCUUGACCCUGAUGAGUUGAUGCUAGUGGCAAAUCUAAUAGGAUAUAGAGUUCUGAAGAAACGCAUCUUUCUAUAAAUUCAGAGGCAGUUGAAAUAUGCGAAGAAAUAUCAACUGCUUCCAAUCGACCGAACAAUAUUAACGGAAGCAUUAUCACUAUGACUUUGAAGAAUAAUCAUUUAAUAGUUGAAACCGAAGAAAGAGAUGAUAUCGAAGAAGAUAGCAGAGAGACUACCAUGAGAUAUUCACCAAGUGCAAGAGAUGGUGUUUUUGUGGUUGAAGUUCAGCAAGGUGUCAGAAGAAGUCCUGGAUCUGGAGGAGCUUCAUUUGUUGAACCUGAACGAUCUGGAUCAACGAGUGAUGAGUGUGCAUUAGUUCACAACCCUCCGGAGAAAUAUAGUGACGAAGAAACUUUAGAAGAGUAUGAUGACAGCGAGUAUUACAUCGAGACGACAUCUCCUGAUCGGUCUACCCCAGGGCUCUCAACGAAUUCAAAAACGGGAUUGUCCACCUCCAACACCAGCUUAGGUUCCUUACAUCGAAGUUAUUGUUAUACCACCCAAGAAUGUUACGACCACGGCAAUUUCGGCUAUAACACUUACCACGGCUACAUCAACGACCACAUUACAAAGAGAUUAGUGGAAAACACCAAGCCCAAAAUCACAUCUGCUGUGUAUAAAACCAAUCCUACUGUAAAAAACCGAAAAAGUAUGAGCUUCGACUUGCCGGUAACGAACAGAGACGGAUUGAAGGAAAAAGUUGCUCUUGUACAAAACAGUUCCAUGGAUAUGGUUUUGGAAAGUAACGGAUUAGAAGAAUUUUCAUCUAAUCUGUACAGAACCAAGUUAUUGAAGGAUGACGAAAUAACCAAUUGUGAUGUAGAUGUAAAUACUGAUGUAAAAAGUAUGAGUUUGUUCAAGGCAGAAGUUAUAACCGAACUGAAACAAUCAGACGCCGGGAAAAGUGAACAUCCUUAUCAAAAAUAAACCAAUAGAUUUAGCUAAUUUUCAGGUGCUAUAGAUAACGUAUAUUGAUAAAGGAUAUAAUAUGUCUAGAUAUCUAAGAAGAUUUGUUAGUUUCUGUUUAUUUUAAGUUAAACUAAGCGAGUCAAUUUUUGUAUAAAAAUACCUCCACUCUUUUUGGGUCCAAAUGUUUUGGUUAGUUUAGAAUCAAAGCUUCAGUAGGUACAUCUAACAGAUAAAUAUAUUUGUAUCAGUAUUAGUUGCUAAUCUAUUAGUCCAAGUUGAAGUCUGAUUUUACUUGUUUUUUUGUUAUACUUGAAUGAUAUUUUAAUUUACUAGAAGUAAAUAAAACAUAUGUAC